AUGCGAUUCAGCCUGGUGCCGAAUGAAAGAUCUGUACAUAAUCAUCAUCUGAAGAACAACAAUUCUGCCUUGGCCGAUGACGCCGUGGUUCUCCAGCUCCCCCCGGCUUCUCCACCAAGCUUGGUUGAUGGCUCCUCUGCAACUCUCCAUCAUCAGCUACCACCCACCAGCACCCGAUAG